CUGGCCAACCGGUGCUACGAUUGACAGGACCGGAGGAUAACAGCCCAGCUCCUGCUGCCGACAUUGUUGUUACCGCUUGUGGUAGCUUUUGGAUGUAAGUUAAUGUGAAACGCAGAAGCAAAACUCGACCCCAAAACUCAACCAGUUGUCUGUUGUUGAGAUUACACCACCAACAUUUAGUAACAUUUUAAUAAUCUGUGAUUGUAAACUGUGUGUGCAAUGCGCAGCGUCAAAUGGGUUAGCAGGGCAAGAUAACUUCAACAUGGAUGCUAUUUGUGCAGCGCCGACUAUGGGGAAGCAGAGAUCAGGAAAUCUGAAAAGACCUCUCAGCACUGCUGAGCGGUUUCCCUGCACCGCCCCAUCCAUAAAUAUGGACCAACACAGUGAAUUGAUGGACUUCUUACCAAAGGAUUAUCAGUACCACGUAUGUAGGUACAAAGCUGUGAGCCAGUCCAGCAGUGACCACAUCGGUUUUGAUGCCACAGUACGGAUGUCCCUUAAAUCCAAGGAGGAGAUUCUGGUGUGGUUGAAGUCCAUGGCAGUUGCAUGGAGAGUGGCACACACCAGGCCCACAAAAGGCCACAGGAUCAUCUUCAAAGCAGACUACCGGUGCCAGCAUAACACCAAGCCCAAGAAAACAAUAAAGGCUGGCAGGAUGUCCAAAAAUACAGAUUGCCCUGCUAAACUUAAAGUUACCCUUGUGCGCACUGAAGUCUCCAAUGGUCAGCAGAGCAGAAACACUGAUCCGCACAUACCCGACUAUCCAACACUUGUGGAUAUCUGUAAUAUUCACAAUCACAACAUACACGUGGCUGAUGCUACUGUGUGUCGCCAGGAUGUGCGCAGUGAGGCCCUGGGGAAACUCACAGAGAUGUUUGAGGCUGGGCACUCGCUGUCCACAGCACUUGAUGUGCUGAAGUAUGAUUUGCAGGUUCAGUGUGAGGAUGACUACAUCCACACCUCAGCUAUUUUAGACAGCAAGCAGUGGCACUGUAUGAUCAAAGAGUUUUCAGCCAUGGCACAGAGCAAUGAAGAGUUUCAGCGAGCAGCAUCAGCCAUGAUGAAGGCCUUUCACAGGCUAAAGGGAAACCCCUCCAGGCUGCUGUCAGCGAUGCACAUGUUUGGUCACAAUGUUGCCAACAGCCCAGCAUUGCAGCAAGCACAAGGCCGCCGGCGGGCCGCUAAGUGUGCUGGGCCAAAUAUAACUGCACAUCCCACCUCUGUUGCCGGCGGAAAGGUCAAGUGUGGGGGUAGAAGCCGACUCACUGCUGGGAGGCCUAAGAAAAUAGUUGCAACCAUGGACCAUCGCUACAGCUCCCCAAAAGGAGUGAAAUCUGGCACUCACAUCUUGUCCCAUGCAGUAGAGGUGUGUUGCAGUAAUCCAAAUCCCUUUUUCAUAGUUGUUUGUGUAUAAUUAAUUGUAUAUAGUUCCUUUUACAAAAACUAUACACAUUGACAACGUUGCAGCCCAUGAUAGUUCAUACAAAUCUGUUGUUAAUGUCUACAGCUCCCCUUACACCUACACAAAGGGAGUGCCAUUGUAGUGUUAAUCUCAACUGAUGGCAGGAUUUUAAUCACUUGCUUUUUCAAAUAUUAUAAUAUUAUUAUUAUGUAUUUGAUUUAUUGUAUUUUUGUUGUUGUUUAUGACUGCCAUUAUUACCACUACUACACUAUUAUAAACACAUUUGGCGCUGCACACAUAGCAUCAGAGUGGCAUCUUUUAAAAACUUUCAUUCAUCAUUACUAACAUACCGAGAAGGUUAAUUAAACUCAUAGGAAGCAGAUAUUAUAAAUACACAUUUAUUGAAAUAUGCAACAGUAAUUGGUCCUCGCUGGAGUGGGACCAGCCCUCCAUCUGCAUGUCUGGGUCAGGACGGGGAACAUGAUCACUGUGAUGAUCUGUUGCAGUGAAUGAAGAAGACACCCAGCGCUGUUCUUCCUCACAGGGAGUGAGAAGAAGGGGAGAAGACCUUAAAGCCAACAGAAGCAGUCCAGCAUACCAAAGCAGGUCCUCAAUGUCUACCGCUCUGUGGGCACACCUGGGCUCUGGGAGGGAGAGAAAUUACAAGUUAUAUGACAUGGACAUUGGAAAAUUAACAAUGAAGUGUGGGCCAUUGUUUUAUGUUUACAAUAUUCUCAUGUUGCGGAUACGAUCAAACAAGGUAGUAAAAGGGGGUCAACUCUUUAGAUGCAAGGCAAAAAAUCUAAUGAACAUUCAUGACAUUGAUAAAACUUAAUUUGAAAAAAACAAACAACUGAUUAACUGAACUUAAGGAGUUUUACCUCUAUGUUUCACAUUAACUCACCUCCAGUAGCUGCAACAAGCAGGAAAAACAACAUGAGCUGCUGCCGCUGAGUCGCUCUCUUCCAGGCUCUGCCAAGUUUGGAGCACCGGUUAGCAUCAUAGCUAGGCUAAUGUUAGUGGUUAGCAGACACCUGGAACGGAUUAGCCGAUCAGGUGGUGGGGUUUAACCUUAACAUUUUGAACAGUGCAAGUGGAGCCACUGAUACUCCUCAACAUCCCUGCACUCAGACUCACUGCUUCUCCAUGAAAGGAUUUACAUAACUUGAAAUGAUGUUUACCAGCAUGGUGAAAUGUCCUUUCCCUACUGCAUUACUCUGUAAUUCAGAAAUUUCCAGAUUAGAAACUCAAUCAGGUGCACGUAAAAAGAUUAAGUUUGUCUGUAUUUGCAGCAUAAGUGCUUAUUCACUCUUUUCAUUGUGUUUUUCAUAUUUUCAAUCGACCAAUUCAGCACAACGUGAAUUAUGAGAGACCAAGUCAAGAUGCAUUUUCCCUCAAAUUUUCAUUUCAUGAUUAGACAUAAUUUUUUUUUUAACUUCACGUGUUUUCCAUAAAGUUUUUGAUAUGUCCACUCUGGCGGACGGCAUCUGUUCAAUGUUAAGUGAUACGUAAUAACAGUGUAAUUAGAAUGAUGUAUUUUGUUAAAGCUGAAAUGCAAUUUUAUUACUGUAAAAUAAAUAUUUUCAACAUAUUAAAAUA